CAAUAUCUCCCUCUUUCUCUCUGGGAUUGGUGUCUUCGUUUCUCUCUACAAUUUCUGAGACGGGCUUUGCUCAACCUCAUUUUGUGUUGUCUCUGGAUAUUAUUGAAUCUUCAAAUGGGUUUGAGUCUCUCUCUUGAACUUGGAGAUGAUCUUGGUCUCUCUCGACAUUGUGGUUAGAGAGAUUAUAGGGAAUAUCAAUACCCAACUUCAACAGGGUCAAUUGGUUUAUUCUACUCAUUUAACUGACGAAUCAUUCACAGAUUUUAGGAAGUCAAUAGCAGGGAGAAUCCCAGGGAAACUGCAGAGAAAGUUAUGAAACGCACCCCGUAUGUAAGUUGCUCAGCCUGGCUUUGAGCCAGCAAUGCUGGCUUCCUCUCUCCCCUCCUCUCUCGUCGCUCUUCUCUUCAAAUCCCUUCCCCUUUCCUCAUCCACAACACUUUUGAGAUCCUUCCUUCCCUCCUCCCACUUUCUCUUUCCUCCACCCAAGCCUCUUCCCUCUUUCUCCUCCAUUUCUCUCUCUACAAGGGCCAUGAAAGCCCCAACCCCUCAAACUCCAACACCACAACCCCAAGAAACCCAAACCAGGAAGAAGAAAGCGAAGCGCGAAAGCCCUGAAGGCCUCCUUCGCUUUGGCCUUGACAUGUGCUCGAAGCAUGGGGAUGCAGUUGAAGCCAUUCGACUCUAUGAUGAUGCCCUAGAAAAGGGUAUAUCCCUCUCUCUCCAUCACUACAAUGUACUCCUCUAUGUUUGCUCUUCCCCUUCCUCUACCCCAGAAACCCUAGAGAAAGGUUUUCAGAUUUACCAGCGAAUGAUGAAAGACAAUAUCAUCCCAAAUGAAGCAACUUUUACUUCAGCUGCUCGUCUCGCUGCUGCUAAAGAAGAUGGAGACAUGGCCUUCGAUUUGGUGAAGCAGAUGGCCAUGGCUGGAAUCCCACCAAGGCUUCGAUCCUAUGGCCCUGCUCUCUUCACCUUCUACAAAAAGAUGGAGGUUGAGAAGGCCUAUGCGGUCGAUGCCCAUAUUAUUUCAUCAGGGGUUCAACCUGAGGAGCCAGAGCUCGCUGCACUUUUGGAGCUGAGUGCUAAGGCCAAAAGAGGGGACAGGGUUUACGAGCUCCUGCAAAGGAUCAGGGUAUUAGUGAGGCAGGUUUCGGAAUCAACGGCUGGGAUUUUACGCCAGUGGUUUGAGAGCGAAACUGCAAUGGAGGCAGGUGAUGAGCUUUGGGACGAGGAGAAAGUUAGGGUAGGGAUUGCAGAGGGUGGGGGAGGGUGGCAUGGGCAAGGGUGGUUGGGGAAGGGGAGUUGGAGGGUGGAGGAUACGAAUAUGAGUGAGAAAGGGGUUUGUGGUUCUUGUGGAGAACAACUUGUUACUAUUGAUAUCAAUAAUGUAGAGACUGAGAAUUUUGCGAAGUCGCUUGCUGUUCUUGCUUCGCAGAGGGAGGUUAGGGCUAACUUCGCUAGCUUUCAGGAUUGGCUUGGAAAGAAUGGUCCAUUUGAAGCCGUUGUAGAUGGUGCUAAUGUGGGUCUUUACGAUCAACACAAUUUCAGCUUCUUCCAGCUGAAUUCUAUUGUGAAUAGGUUGCGUGAAAUGAGUCCAACAAAGAAGCUGCCGCUUAUUGUUUUGCAUGGUCGGCGAGUAAAGGGUGGUCCAGCAGAUAGUCCAAACAAUAAGAAGCUAAUUGAGAGUUGGCGGAAAGCCGGUGUACUAUAUACUACACCUCCGGGUUCCAAUGAUGAUUGGUAUUGGUUAUAUGCAGCUGUCAGGUUCAAAUGUUUAUUGGUUACAAAUGACGAGAUGAGAGAUCACUUGUUUGAACUACUGGGUACUAGCUUUUUCCCAAGAUGGAAGGAGAGACAUCAGGUACGUCUAACCGUAUCUAAGAACGGUCCAGUGUUUCACAUGCCACCACCUUAUUCAAUUGUGAUACAGGAAUCAGAGAGGGGCAGUUGGCACGUACCAACACUAGUUGGAGAUGAUAUUGAGACACCAAGGAAAUGGUUAUGUGCAACCAGGCUUUAUCUUAACAAGGCAAAUGGGUCAGAAGGGUUUGAAGCCAUUGAGAAGCCCAAGUAAUUUUUUGCUUCUUAUUGUAAAUUAUCAUGCAUUUAUUUUUUCCAUGCCAAUCAUAUGGAAAUUGAGAGAUGCAUGGAUAGUUGGGAGUGGAAGAUUAUACUGCCCCUUUUUUAGGAGGGUGGCUUCUUUCUUUUCAUUGCCCUAGGCGUUUAAUUUAAAGCUGUAUUAAGCGAUUUUUGUGAGUUUGGGGAAGCAUGUCUUAUUUGAGAGGGAGAAGAAAACGUUCUAUGGUAUUUGUUGCAUUAUACAGAUGGUCUAUCUCUAUAUGGAGGAACAUUAUCAUGUCAUGGGGAAGUUUGUCAAAUCAUGCGGCCUUUGUUCUGUGCGGCCAGAAAAAAGAGUUUUUCCUUAUUUCCAUGGAUUCUCUUAGGAAAA